AUGGAACUGACAGCGGAAGCAGGUCAGUCCACAUUCGCAUUCCUAUCAAUCGGAUUGAUUCAUGUCGUGGAACGAAAAAGGCAAGAGGAAGGGAUGGUUGUCCGUCUGGUCAUUUCAAAUGAAAGGAAAUUAUCAUCAAAGACAGUUGAAUGGCAGAUGAUCGAUCAUCUGGCAUUCAAUAUAUGUUGGUAUCGGGUAGAUGACAGCUGCAGUGAUAAUAAUGAUAAUAAGUCACAACUUACCGUAGUGGUGAGGAUAACAAAGAUAAAUAGCGAUGAUAAGGAUGAUGACCACGAUAAUGAUAGUUCGACGGUAUGA